UUUUUUUUCUUUGUUUUAUUUAUUUAUGAAAAUAUCUAGAGAAGCGAAAAUAUAUUUUAUGCUUGUUAUUACAGGCGGAUUUUUUUUAGUAGAAAUCAUUAUUGGAUAUUAUGUUAGUUCACUAGCUUUGAUUGCUGACUCUUUUCAUAUGUUAAAUGAUUUAAUCAGCAUGUGUAUUGCUUUGUGGGCCAUUAAAUUAGCUAAAAAGACUCAAUAUGAUCCUAAAUAUUCCUACGGUUGGCAAAGAGCAGAAAUUCUCGGUGCUUUAGUCAACGGUGUCUUUUUGUUAGCAUUAUGCUUUACUAUCUUCAUCGAUUCAAUUGAACGAUUUAUAUCUCCUGAAGUUGUGACACAUCCUUUAAUGGUUUUAAUUACCGGAAGCGCUGGUCUUAUUGCUAAUUUAAUUGGUUUAGUUUUAUUUCACGACCAUGGACAUAGUCAUAAUUUAGAUAUUGAAACAAGUAAACAUCAACAUGGAAGCUUAAAUAUGAAAGGUAUAUUUUUACAUGUUUUAGGUGAUGCAUUAGGUAAUGUGGGUGUUAUUGCAUCUGCUUUGUUUAUCUGGUUAACAUCCUUUGAUUGGCGAUAUUAUGCUGAUCCAAUUGUUAGUGUCUUGAUCACCAUUAUUAUAUUUAUUUCGGCUGUUCCUUUAGUGAGACAGACAUCCUUUAUUUUAUUACAAGGUGUACCUCAUAAUAUACAAUUACAAGAAGUCAAUAAUGAAAUACUACAGUUAGAAGGAGUACUUUCAGUUCAUGAAUUUCAUAUUUGGCAACUGAAUGACACAAAAUUGAUUGCUUCUCUUCAUGUGUUGAUAAAGUCACGACAAGCAUAUAUGAAAUUAGGUCAAAAGAUACGAGAAUUGCUGCAUCAAUAUGGUAUUCAUUCAGUAACGAUUCAACCCGAGUUUAGUAUGGACACAGUAAUUGAAGAAAAGUUACAAAUGGAUGGAAUAGAACCAUCUAUUCAUGAGACAAUAGCAAAUGAGGAUUCACAAAGUACUGCAUCAUCAUGUUUAUUACGUUGUAUAGAAGACUCUUGUUUAGAAAAUGCAUGUUGUCCUCCAGAACAAUAGACUUAGUUAUUAUUAUUUUAUUUCCUUGUUACUAUUAUUAAAAUAAACACAUUUAAUAAAAUUCCCAAAAUCACAACAAAUCCAAGUUUGUGAUACAACUACAUGCCGUACCGUACUAAAUGGUAAUAGUUCAUAAGCCUCAUCAUCUUCCUUAUUGUUGUUGCUGCUACUACUACUGCUACUACUACU